CUCAAAUGCAUCACAUUGAACUAUUGGGUUUGGGCAUUCAGUCUUGAAUUGACACAUCUUACGCAGAUGAGGAGAAUAAGAUAUCCCUCAAGAGUAGCGUGCUCAACACACACACACGUACCACACACUUGCAUACUUGAACAUGGACCUAGGUCUGAUAUAAGUGCACUUCCUUCCCCAUAUCAGGUCAUCAGCCAUUGCUCAUCAGACGCUGAACAUGCUGGGGCAUACUCUAGCUGUGGCCUUACUGAUCAAAGGCAUCGCGGCUCAGAGCAGUGCAGCCAGUGUCGGCUCCCCGACCGGCGAUGAACCCCUCACAGCCUCUGCAGCUUCAGCCUCCUUCGCCACUGCGAGCAUCGCGAAUACGAACAGUCUACCUCCAGGCGUACAGACUUCUUUCUCGCCGACGCCAGUCAGUACUGCUGUAGCGUCUGCCACUGUCGUUUUGGAUACUCCUGUGGCUGGUCAAGGUGUCUAUCCUCCUCUACAACCGUUGUGUAAUGGGGGUCAACCAGAUACUUUCUGUCCGGGAGAGCUGCUUCAGGACGUCCAGCUCGCCGGGAUCUUUCCUGAUAGCAAGACCUUUGUGGACAAGCCCACUGUCUUCACACUGAACGAGACGCUCACAGUGUUCGCUGGUCUGCCUCAAAACAAGACCGUCGGAGAGAUCGAGACGUUCGUCAACAAUCAAUUCAAAGGCGAAGGACUUGAGCUGUCUCAAGUCACCAUUCAGAACUUCACGGCGUAUCCUAAGAGCUUGGACAAUGUCUCUGAUCCAAUCGUCAAAGGAUGGUUGGAGAUUGUCAAUUCUUACUGGUCUCUUCUGAUCAGGGAGACAAACGAAUCGGCGGUCUGUCAGCCAGACGUGUGCGAAUCCAGUCUGAUUCCACUCAACCAUACCAUUGUGGUCCCUGGUGGCAGAUACCGAGAGAUCUAUUAUUGGGAUUCUUUUUGGAUCCUCGAAGGAUUGCUCAAGUCUGAGCUGUAUACCUACGCUUAUGAUCUCCUAUCGAACUUUAUGGACCUCAUUGAACUGUACGGGUUCUUGCCUAAUGGCGGAAGGAAAUAUUACCUGAAUCGCUCACAGCCUCCGGUCUUCGUUCAGAUGGUGAACGCCUACAUCCAAGCCAGUGGUAACAUCUCUGUGCUCGAACGUGCUCUACCGAUCCUCAGCACCGAGAUGCAAUGGUGGCAGACAAACCGCACCAUCAACGUCACUUCGUCCUUUACCAACAAGACGUACCUUGUGGCCCACUAUAAUGUGACAAAUAGCGCUCCUCGACCAGAGGGUUUCGUUGAAGAUUAUGAGACAGCCUUUGGUCCCUCUCCCUCACUGAAUGAAAGUCAACGAGCUGCCCUCUACGCCGAGAUUGCAACAGGUGCAGAGUCGGGCUACGACUACAGCUCGAGAUGGUGCAAGGUUCCCGUAAUCAAUGUGACCGACAACUACCCAGCUCUGAGGACCCUGAACACUCGAGCUAUCAUUCCUGUCGAUCUGAAUGCCCUGCUGGCUGGGGAUCACGCUCUGCUCGCAAAUCUCUUUGAGCUGUUUGCAAAUGUGUCCCGGGGCAACUCCUCAAUGUCCAAUUCGACUUCCUCUUCGGAUUCAAGCAGCUCAGAUCCGUCAAACGAGUCUACGUCGACGAUGAACGACACCAUGUCCAACUUCACCGAAAUCAUACAGUACCAUCGAGAGAUGGCUGCCAAUUACAGUGCUGCAGUACUAGACCUUCAUUGGGAUGCUGAGCGAGCCUGGUUCUACGACUACAAUACAACUGAUAGUACCCACUCAAAUGUCUGGUCCAUGGCCGGUACGUUUCCCUUGUGGCAGAACAUCACUCCACCAGGUCUCGAAGGUAAUGAGACCGCCGCAUUGGCCCACUUUUCUGGCAUCCGAUACCUCCUUGGGAAAUACAGUGGCAUGCCGACGGUGACGACCUUGCUGUAUACAGGUCUUCAAUGGGACUUCCCAAACACUUGGCCUCCCCACGCUUACACAGCUAUUCGAUCGCUCGAAACGGUCGGACGUCUCGUGACCAAUGCCAGUGUCUUGUCAAAUUUGACCAUUGAGUUUCCAAACGUUACUUCUGGCCAGUUCUACCUUAACGAAACGGAUCUUCAACCUCAGCCCAACUCAACCAUCGGAAAUGCCACGAGAUCAAUGAACGAAGCGGUCAACAUCCCUUGGCCUAAAGCCAUAGCUAUCGAGAUCGCAAACCGAUACACCCAAGCUGCCUUUUGCUCCUGGUACUCUACAGGUGGCGAGAUACCGGGGACGCUAGUCCAGCUACCUCUAAGUGAGCUCAACGCCACGGGGACGUAUACAGGGACACAAGCUGGAGUCAUGUUUGAGAAAUUCAACGUAACGGACCUGGACGCCGCGGGCGGAGGAGGUGAAUACACCACCGUCACUGGGUUCGGAUGGACGAACGGUGUGGCAUUAUGGAUCGGAAGUGAAUACGGAGAGUAUAUUGCUCAGCCUGCUUGCCCUCUCAUUCCAAUUAUCGAAACGGUCGGCGACGGGAAGAACGAGUCCGUCUACAGCAAUGGGACGAUCGUUAAUGACACAGCGACGCCCUCGGGCAAGUCGAACGUCAACGGGACCAGGUUGUUCAUUGGGUUUCGACUGCCUCGAGACUAGCAAGGGACAACGUGUACAAUGUUAUAAUCAGAU